AUGAAAGGCCAGAGCGGACAGGUCCAGUGCAGGGAUUUAUGGUGCUUCCAGAGGCGAGCGCGGGAUCGGGACCGUGGCCGACCGCAUGAGAGAAGACACCACUCCUCGGCGGGAGAGAAGCAGCGGUAUUACUCCUGUGAGCCUUAUGGCAACAGGGAGCAUUGUCACACCAAGUCAGCCGGUCCCCAGCCGAUCUACAUCCCAGGAGAAAGCCAAGAUGCUGGUCUCCUCAAACAGCCUGGUAGCACUGUGGUUAAAUCUGGCUCUUUGUCACUAACCUCUGGUACCAGCACUCCAGGCCGUGGUCGUAGGCAGCUCCCCCAGACCCCCCUCACCCCUCGUCCUGCUGUGGCCUAUAAAACUCGCUUCAGCCGUGGCCUUUCAGAGCAUGAGCGCUUACUCACGGCCUACGACAAGUCUCCGAUACCUGUCACCCACAUGACUUCAGACCCUAGUUUGAACCCACUGCAACAGGACAUUUCUCAACAAUGCCUCCUUGAUGAUACAGAAGACUUCCAAGACACUGUCAGCACCCAUGGAGGGGCCCACACUGCCAGAAACAUUGCCUCUACUACAGAUUCGGCUCCACAUGGAACUGCUGCCAUGCCCGCCACAGCAGGUGGUACACAGGGUCGGACAGGGGCGGUGCCUAACGGGUACCACUUUACCCUGGGGGUCAACUCUGCCUCUGGGUCAGGGAGUAGGGGAACAGGUAGUCUCAGGGAGAGGGAGGAAAAGGACUGGUGCUAACAUGGCUAAAGACUUUGGACCAGUUUUCAUGUUCACUGUGGAGUGGGCAGUUCAUCAGCACCUACUAUGGGUCCUGUGUGCAGGUAAAUAUAGAGUAAUCUUUGAGGAAAAAGGCAGUAGAAAGUGCUGUAAAGGGGGUACAGAAUCAUUCCAACUUUGUAAUGGAACUCUUCUCCUUUUUAUAAGAUGAACAUUACUGUUGACUUUUUCUAGCCCCAUUUGUUGCACUGAAAUUAUAGCACACAUGAAGACCCUCAAGUAUUUUGCCUUGAACAAUGUUUGAACAGAAGACAAAAAGCCAAAUCUCCUCAUUUUUUUUUGGGGGGGGGGGGGGGGGGGGGGGAUGAUGACUUUGAGCUAUUUUUGAGAUCCAUCUCACUGCUUCCUGGUAUUGUUAAUGAUUUAAUUAGAAUUUUACAGCUAAAAGAGAUCUUCAACUUGACUGGAUCCACUAAGUGAUGGUUUGAUGAAAUACUUGAUGUCUUGGGUAAACCCCUAAUUCAAAUUCUUUCGAAAUAACGUCAUAAUGAAGUAAUACUCUUGUUUCAACAGCAUUCCGUCCUAUGUAUACAUUCAUUUAAUGAGAGAGAAGGGUAAAGGUUAUAGUUAUCACUCUUGUUUCUGUUUUGUACAAGAUGUGGAAAAAUUGCUGGAUUUUGGUAGACUUGGUCAGAAAA